GAGCAGCCGGGGAAGCCUCGGGGAGUCGCUGAGCCGCUGCGGGGAUGAAGGACCGGCUGGCCGACUUGGCAGAGUGUAAAGGAAAUGAAGAUGGGGAGACAGUUGUUGUUGAAAAAGACCAUUUUAUGGAUGACUUCUUCCAACAGGUUGAGGAACUUAGAAAUAAUAUAGCAAAAAUAGCACAAAAUGUGGAAGAAGUGAAGAAGCAGCACAGCAUUAUCCUGUCAGCACCAAAUCCUGAAGGAAGAACAAAGGAAGAACUUGAAGAAUUAAAUGAGGAAAUAAAGAGGAUUGCUAAUAAAAUCCGAGCCAGGUUAAAGGCUAUUGAACAGAGUUUUGAUCAGGGUGAAAAUGCUAAUCGGACAUCAGUGGACCUCAGGAUAAGAAAAACACAGCACUCUGUAUUAGCUCACAAGUUUGUGGAGGUCAUGACGGAAUACAACGAGACCCAAACUCUUUUUCGAGAACGCAGCAAAGGUCGGAUACAGAGACAAUUAGAGAUAACUGGAAAGACCACCACUGAUGAGGAACUGGAAGAAAUGUUAGAGAGUGGUAAUCCUUCAAUUUUCACUUCUGAUAUUAUAUCAGACUCUCAAAUAACUAGGCAAGCUCUGAAUGAAAUUGAGUCACGUCACAAGGAUAUUAUGAAACUGGAAUCUAGCAUACGGGAACUACAUGAAAUGUUUAUGGACAUGGCAAUGUUUGUUGAGACUCAGGGUGAAAUGAUCAACAACAUAGAAAAGAACGUGAUGAAUGCAUCAGAUUACGUGGAACAUGCAAAAGAAGAGACAAAAAAGGCAGUUAAAUAUCAAAGUAAAGCAAGAAGGAAAAUGUGGAUAAUUAUCAUUGUAUCAUUGGUGUUGAUUGCCAUAAUUGAAAUUGAUGUUCAUAAUUAUAUGUGUAACUGUAUUGCUUCUGAUACUUGGAAUUAUCCUAGCAACAACACUGUCAUAGCAAGCACAUUCUAAGACUUACGAACCUUCAGAAACUCCAAAAUACAUCUUGAGUAAAACCAAGCCUUUUUUAAUAAAUGAUGCCUUACACUGUUCCAUGAUGAUGACCUAUUACUAAUGGUUAAAAAUGAAAACAAAAUCACUCUUAAUGUUUACUCAUAAAUGAUGAUCAGAAUGUAUUAGGAUAUGUAUGGAUUUGCAUCGUAAACUAUACAUUUGUAAGACUGAAACUUGCUCUUAAUUGUUUUGAACUAAAGUAACUUAGGAUUUUUUUCAUAUCUCAGUGUUACAAAGAGUUUAAAUAGGGAGUUGAGAGACUGUUGAGUUUUGACUGUUUGCCUUUUUUCCUAUCGCUAAUAUAAUUCUAAUCACGAAUUUUAGUACCUUACCAGUGCUGCUUUUGUUAGCACUCUUGUGAACAUUUUUGAGAUGUAGCCAUGUCUUUGUGUAUUAAUUAUUUAGUCACCUUAACCUAUCGAAGCUUUAUACUUAAAAAUUUUUUCUCCAACAAGUGCUAAAGUGUUUUAUCCUGAAAAGAGUACUUAUUUAACUGUCUGCCUAUUGCAUUACACUUGAGAAGAAAAAAAAAAAAGCUUUUUUACACUUCCCAGAUUUUUUAUUUUUUUCUUUCAAUGUGACUAAGGUUAAUUGCUUUAAAUAUUUCCUUGCCUUUAUAAUAAAAAGUUAGUUGCAACAUUUCUGGUAAAAGAAUGCAAUAAUGAAGCACGCUGAAUUUGAGCAGAUAAUUUUACAAAUAAUCCUUGUGCAAAGGAAACUGAUGGAUCAGUUUAGCCUUAUUGUUCAUAUGAAUACAACAAAAAUCACACUUUUUCUCUCUCUCACUUUUUCUCUAUAAAGCCAAGUCAGGAUUUCUUAUUCAGAAGCUUGCUAAUGUUGAUGUGUGAAUAUAGCACAUAGGGAUAAACUCCCUCAGAAAAGUCUGAAACAUAAGGCAAACUAAGACACUGAUUUGUUAUGAAACUUGUGUUAUAUAACAUAUAUGAAGUGUUUUAGUAUAUACAUGCCUGUUGUAAUGCUAGCUUGCAAGACUUGAAAGCUUGAAAGACUUCAAAUGUAACCAAAUAACUGCAUUUAAUGUUACAGGUUAUUUUUGUAUUUCGUGUGUAAAAUAUUUGUAACUUGAAUUUUUGACUUCUCAUUGUUUAAGGACUUCCAUGUAGAUAUGUAGAUAUAUUUACACUGUAAGAGAAUUAGAGGAAAGUAUAAUGUGUGCCUUUUUAAACACAGUCUAAAACUACACUUGUCAAUGUUUCCAAAUAUUCAACUAUAAUGUUAACUGCAAUAACUCGGUCCUAAAAGGUUAGAAUCCUUAAACUUAUGUUUUGUUGAAAGUGUCUGAGAUCAAAGUUACUCAGUAAACUAUAAUUCAGUCUGACUUAAUGAACUUCAGCAAAGUUUACAAUUUAUAUUAUGUGUAUGAAUAUUCCUGCUUUGCUGUCCAAAUAUACUGUGAAUGUGCUGGAGCUAUUCAGAUGUCAAACAUGUUUAAAAAAAUUAUUGGUCUUCUUGCAAGUCAGCCAUAAAGAAGUCGCUUGAAAAAUUUUGCCUUCAUUAAUGAACAAAUUUCUUUACCUCUAAGUCCAGAACACUCACUGAUUUAUGUGAGGAAGUUUACAUGCAAAGUAAGGAAAGAUUGGUUGCCUUAGUACUUGUUCUAGGUAAAAUAUAUUUUUAUUCUGUAGUUUUCUAGAUUUUUAUCAGUAAAUAUUAUUUAUACAGAUAGACAAAUUAGAUUGGGGGGGGAAUCAGUUCUGCUGUUUAACAGCUGGUUACCUAAAAUGACCCCCGAAAUCCCAUCAUGUUGAAUUUUAUUUAUAAUACAAUAAUUUGCCCGUCAAGACCAGAAAUUUGGAUAGGAAGCUCCAUACUUUUUACUUGUUGUUAUAUAGCUGCCUCAAUGAGUUUGUUUUAAAAUAAGACUUAUUUUUCACAUGAACUUCUUUGUCCUGUUAAUAUUGGAGAAGAGUAAAUCUCUAACCUAUGCACUAAUAAAUUUAUCUAAGCAA